AUGAUGCAACCACAUGAUACGAGUCUAGAUCCACUAUGUCUCAUACUUCGUGUCACUUUGCGCUUCUUUAAGUGCUUGGGCUCGUUCCAUGUUUUCAGAGACCAAGCGUAUUUUGAAUCCAUUCGCACUUUCGACAAAAUCCAACAUCUUUCAUCAUUACAGUUGCCAGGGGAUUACGUUAUGGGAAAACUAGGACUCCACAAGUUAAGAAGACACCCGGCGCGGCCCGGACAGCUGACCAUUGUGUCGCUCAAAUUGCCUUUCAUGCCUCAAACACGAUUGAUCGAACCUCCAAAAACACCACAAUCAGCUACUUUUGAGGAUACUGAAAUACUGAACGCCGAAAGGGUCAAGGUGAAUGGACCUAUGAAUUUUGAUACUGUGUAUACCGAAGCUGAUUAUGAACUCGCGCUAUCCACUUUUAAUGACAUCGUUAGACACUUCAAAAUCCCAAACCAGUACUUAAUGGAGCCCGCUACAGAUUACAUUGACUACUUACGUUGCACAAUCAAAGAAACACACAAAGCAGAAAAUAAACUCUUCAAAUUCAGCAGACUCAAAAAGACGUUGUCCCUCAAAUCGAUGCGCAAAGAUUACUCCAAAAUACAGAUGUCAAGAAAUAUGGACUUUCUGGCGUCCGUGUUUAUCAUAUCAUGUGAAAAAGGUCACCUGAUUGAAAAGUUGACGCGGGAGCUUGAAAAGUCCGGUAUAAAGCCACCAAAGGAUAAAAUACAACAGCAUUUUGAUGUUUUCAAAGAUCGACUUAUGUGUCUCAAUAAUAACCCGGGGAUCUUUUUUGAGGUCUCCACGCCGCUAACGAACUUUGCUAGGCACUGUUUAGAAACUCGCAACCUCAUCUUCACAAAUUCCCCUGCGAGCAGAUCGAGCCUGGUCGAGUUCUGGACCACAUCUCUAAAGGAAUACUCCAUGGUAUUAGAUAAAAAAGACUGGACGAGAGCAUACAUUAACUACUCCUCUGCUAACGACUCAGAACUCCGCAGAUUCAUUGAAAGUUCUCCGACGAAGGAAGACAUCGAGUUCUCUACGGAAAGCGAAAUAAACACAACAGCAGACAAGUCAUUGAAUCAGGCUCCUUAUUUAGUAUUGAUGGAAAACACCCAAGACACAUCUCUUCCAGUUGAGCCAAACUUUAACCAACAAUUUGAAAUACUAGAGAUCUCUGCUGAUCCGUCAACAGAUGAAGCCAGUUUACAAUCAUCGGAAAGUGUUCCAUACCUGCUGGAGUCCGAUUUAACAAGGAAUGUUGAAAAGUCUCACCACAUUGAUACUGAUAACACGACAGAAGGGUCCGUUAUCGACUAUGAGGAAUGUGUACCGAAACAAGAUAUCUCAUAUCAAUUUGAUAUAACAUCCACCCCAUCAAAGCCUCAUAAACCGUUGAGUGCGGAGCGUGUUGAAGACCUAGCUUUUCCAGAGAAGAUCAAUAGAUUUGAAAUGAUGGCUGGUAGAUCGGCUGGAGAGAACGUCCUCAUCGAAAGGCAUGAAAACAGAAACGAAUGUUCAAUGGACGAGACCACAAUAUCAUACGAAACUGUGCGAUUGCAAAGAAUGAGACUUUCCGAGCCGAAUAUCGAAAAAGACGAGAUAUUGCGCAACACACUUCAGCAGCUAAAUUUGAAACGAAAAUCUUCUGAUUCGGAACUACAUGAGUCAAGAAACCUGAGUGUCAAACAACGAUUUGGACUUUUCCUUGAUAGCCGAUAUAGGGAAUUGUCGAGCACAUCUGAGUUUAGAUAUCAGAUCAUCACCCCUCAAAAACUCUACGAGCGCCUUUCUGGAGGUGAAGCACGAAAUUGGAAUGCAUUGCCCAUGAAAGAGAAAGGUUCAUAUUAUUUUGCAUUCAAACGGCAUUAUGCCGAGCUUUUGAACCAUGGCGAAAGAUAUGAUAGGAGGCUUGUUGACUUAGUGGCAGAAGUGUGUUCUGAGUUUGAGUAG